AUGACGCUCGACGUGCUCCAUUUCAUUGACAACAAGGGCGGAAAUGCGGAGGAGAUCCGCGAGUCGCAGCGGAAACGCGGUCUGUCCGUGGAGUUGGUGGACGAAGUGAUCCAAAUGUACGCGGACUGGGUAAAGAUGGACUUUGAGACAAACAACACCAACAAGCAGGUGAACGCGAUACAGAAGGAGAUCGCUGCCAAGAAAAAGGCAAAAGAAAACGCAGAUGAGCUCGUUGCGAAGAAGAAGGAACUGGAUGCACUUGUGGUAGCAAAGAAGGCGGAGGCGAAGGAGUUUGAACAGAAGAUGCGGCAAAAGGCUUCGACUGUGGGCAACAUCGUUGGACCCAAUGUCCCGGUCAGCGUGUCCGAGGACGACAACAAGACGGUCAAGACAUGGCAUCCCAAGGGUGAAGGUGUGCAGGUGGAGAAGAAGACAGACAUCAUGCCGCACCACGAAGUGCUACUCCGGCUGGAUGCUAUGGAUCUUGAGCGAGGCACGAAGAUCACAGGUCAUCGAGGUUAUUUUCUGACCAACGACGGCAUUGACCUGAACCAAGCCCUCAUCUCCUACGCGCUCGACUUCCUCCGCAGAAAGGGCUACAAGAAGAUCCAGCCGCCGUUCAUGAUGAACAAGGACAUGAUGGCCAAGACUGCGCAGCUGGACCAGUUCGACGAGGAGCUCUACAAGGUGAUCGCCGCCGAGGACGAGAAGUACCUGAUCGCGACGUCGGAGCAGCCCAUCUCCGCGUUCCACUCGGACGAGUGGUUCGACUCGCCGGAGACACAGCUGCCGAUCCGCUACGCGGGCUACUCGACGUGCUUCCGCAAGGAGGCCGGCUCUGCGGGGCGCGACAUGUGGGGCAUCUUCCGUGUGCACCAGUUCGAGAAGGUCGAGCAGUUCAUCCUCACGGAGCCUGACAAGAGCUGGCCGACGCUCGACGCCAUGAUCGCGAACUCGGAGGAGUUUUACCAGAGCUUGGGCAUCCCCUACCGUGUCGUGGCGAUCGUCUCCGGCGCGCUGAAUCUCGCGGCGGCGCAGAAGUACGAUCUGGAGGCGUGGUUCCCGUUCCAGGGCGCGUACAAGGAACUUGUCUCGUGCUCGAAUUGCACUGACUACCAGUCGCGUAAGCUGGAGGUACGCUGCGGUCUGAAGACCAAGGACCAGACCCGGAAAGUGUACGUACACAUGCUGAACGGCACACUCUGCGCAACCGAACGCGCACUCUGCUGUUUGGUGGAGAACUACCAGACGCCGGAGGGUGUCGUCGUUCCGGAGCCGCUCAGGCCGUACAUGCAAGGCCGCGACUUCCUACCAUGGGCGAAGGAGCUCCCCAAGAACCUGCAGCGGAAACAGGCAUAG